AGACUUUCCGAGGCUAGCAAAGUCAAAGUUUAGCCUGGAAAUUGACACUACAUUAUGAAACUCCUUCUGACACUCUGGAAAUGCUUACCUGCUUGCCUUAGAAUUUUAAACUUAGUCCACUCUGACUUUUUCAAGCAACCUAUCCCAGGUCUUUCUUUUUUAAAUUGCAGACACAGCAGCUCCGUAAGAAAAAUUCUGUGAUUUCCAUUUCUAGUUUUCAAGAAAUUUCAGAUGUAAGGUCCCCAAUGAAGAGAACCAACUUCACAGAGGUAAGAGUGUUUGUUUUCCAAGGUUUCUCCAAUUUCCAAGAAAAUCAGCUCACACUCUUCGUUGUCUUCUUUGUCCUAUACAUCCUGACUCUGACUGGCAAUUUCAUCAUUGUGACCAUUAUCCGCAUUGACCACCGCCUUCACACACCCAUGUAUUUCUUCUUAAGUGUUCUCUCAACUUCAGAGACUUUCUAUUCUCUGGUUAUCAUCCCACGCAUGCUUGGUAGCCUUGUGGGUCUGAGCCAAUCCAUCUCCCUGGAGUGCUGUGGGAUUCAGCUAUUUUUUUUCCUUGGAUUUGGAAUCAUCAACUGUCUCCUGCUAGCAGUCAUGGGUUAUGAUCGCUCUGUGGCCAUUUGCAACCCUCUUCGCUAUAACAUCAUCAUGAAUUGGAGGGUGUGUGUCAUUCUGGCAUCUUCAGUCUGUGUCACAGGAUUCUUGUUUGCUCUAGUUCAAGCUGUGUCCAUAUUCAGGCUGCCAUUUUGCAAGACACUGAUUGAACAUUUCUUCUGUGAUGUCCGACCAAUUUUAGAUCUGGCCUGUACAGUGCCAGUCUUCAAUACCAUCUUGACAUUACUUCUCACCUUCAUGGUCAUCACAGCCCCUGCAACUUUUCUAUUUGUCUCCUAUGUCCUUAUUAUUUCCACCAUUCUCAAGAUUGCCUCAGCUGAAGGCCGGAAAAAAACUUUUGCCACAUGUGCCUCCCACCUCACUGUGGUCAUCAUCCACUAUGGCUGUGCCUCUAUUGCCUACUUCAAGCCCAAGUCAGAUAACAGUAAAGACCAAGACCAGCUGAUCUCAGUGACUUACACUGUAAUAACACCUCUACUAAACCCUGUUGUAUAUAGUCUGAGAAACAAAGAAGUCCAGGAUGCUCUGCGAAAAGUGUUGUGUAGGAAAUACCUAUCUUAGUUGCUGAUUUCUCUCCAAAUAAUUUCUUCUUUUUCAUAUAGAACCUGAUAGGUUAAGGUAUAAAGCCAGGGUUUUAUAUGAUU